AAGCAUGAGGUGAGGAUGGAUACAUAUCAAGUUGGUUCCAGAUCCAUGAUAAACCUGGGAACUAUGGUAACUCUACUGCUCAUAGCUGUGGUGGGAUGUUCGUUCCUCUUAUUUUUCCAGAGACAGGACCAUAGGGAGGUUCCCGCAAACAUUCUAGUUGGAUGUUUUGUUCUGACUUCUCUGCAAUGUUUGAUUGCCUCGAGGCGUCAUAUCAAGAAGUAUAUCAUCCGGAAACUUAAUCAAAAUACGAUCAAAGCGGAAGACUAUGUGCUGGGCUUGAAACAGCUGUUUAGUGGUUUGAUAAAGAAUAAAGUUCAUCCUAUCCCGGCUAAUGUUCAAAACUUUAUUCUUGAGGAGAUUGAACAGUCUGUUCCAAAUCCUGUUCGAGAAUCAAUGUUCGCUGAAAUUCAGCGUGCAGUCUUAGAUUAUGCUCAGCAGUCAACACUUGCUGAUGUACAUCAGUCUGGACAAAGGGAUGUUCUGCUAGAAGCACCAACCAAUGUUCAAGUGUCAGCAACAGAUGAUGUUCAGCAAAUAGCAUCAGAUGAUGUUCAGCAGUUAGCAACAGAUGAUGUUCAGAUAAAAGCACCAACCAAUGUUCAGCAGUUAGCAACAGACAAUGUUCAACAACUAGCAACAGACGAUCAUCAGCACAUGAAAACGGACGAUGUUCAGCAGUUAGCAACACAUGAUGUUCAGCAGCCUGCACCAACUAGUGUUCAGAACCUAUCAAUAGACGAUGUUCAAAAACUAGCAAUUGAUGAUAUUCAGCAGUUAGCAACAGAUGAUGUUCAGCAGUUAGCAACAGAUGAUGUUCAGCAGUUAGCAAAAUAUGAUGUUCAGCAGUUAGCAACGCAUGAUGUUCAGCUGCAAACAAGACCAAAUGAUCAAGAAAUAGCUCUGAACAAUGUUCAGCAUGUAGCUCAAGUUCAUGUACAAAGUAAAAAUCCAGUAGGUGUUCAGAUUAAAACUUCCAGAAUAGUUUUGGUUCAACCAUUGGGGUUAGUUGAUAUAUAAAAACUAGCCGAAG